GAAUCAGACUGUCUCUUGCUCAGUUGUGAAUUGGAGUAGCACUAGGUAGGCAAGCUAGCUCCAGGCGCAGACUCUCUGGGAGAUGGAGCUCAGUUCUGGCAUCCAGAAGAUGUCGGUUGGACAACACCCAGCAGGAAAAGGUGCUCCCUGUAAGAAGUGCAAAGGAAGCUGCUCGGGGUUCCAGCCCCACUCCUGGAGAAAACAAUGUGGGAGCUGCCAGUGCCCCCGUGAAGAGCAUUCUUUGCCCUCUGACUUGGAAGAGGACUGCCGGAUAGGACAGCUGCUUUCAGACUCGCACUACUCGGGGCUCACCGCACGGAUGAAAGGGGUAGAAGGGUCCCGUGUGUACAAAAGGAACCGUAUGAUCAUCACCAACCCCAUCACAUCUGGGAAGGAUCCCACCUUCCUCACUGUCACCUAUGAGUGGGCUCCCCCAGGACUCAACCAGAAACUGGCCAUGCAGUACAUGGAGCUAAUUCCUAAGAAUAUGCAGCCGGUCGCUGGCACAGAGGGGGCACAUUAUCGCCGCGUGCAGCUCCUGAGACAGUUACCCCCCUACGACCAUAACCCAGAUCUUUGCCAAGGGCUAUCGGAACGUGAGCGAACUGCAAUGGAAGACUUUGUGAAGAGGUACAAGGAGCAGGCGCUGGGAGUUGCUGAAGUGGCUCUGCCUUGUAGUGCAAAGCAACAGACGGAGAAAAAUGGCAGCAAAAGUAAAGAGACAAAUGGAACAGCGAAGGAAGCCUUUGAGAAGACUGAGUAUUUCUGCGAGAUGUGCCAGCAGCCCCUAUCAAGAGAUGCCCCUGCCGUCUAUGCUGAACGCGCUGGCUUUGACAAGCAGUGGCACCCUGCCUGCUUCAUGUGCUGCCAAUGCAGGGAGCCCCUGGUGAACCUGAUCUAUUUCUGGAGGAACAACUCUCUGUGGUGCGGACGUCACUAUUGUGAGAGCGAGAGGCCACGGUGUGCGGGAUGUGACCAGAUGAUCUUCUCAGAGGAUUACGAGCAGGUAGACAGCGGUUUCUGGCACCGGCACCAUUUUUCUUGUACUGAUUGUGAUCAGACACUCUCUGGAAAGCCCUAUGUGUUAGACAAAGCUCAGCCCCUGUGUGACCUGUGCAGCCAGUCCAGAGGAGCACACUGACCAAAGAUCAUGGAGGAUUCCAAUCGAAGUUCCUGGGUUCUGGCAUAUGGAUUCAUCUCUAGCAUAUUAUCAUUUAUGUACAAAGUGCCCAGUAUCUAAGUCUUCCAAGUCUUGAGACAGACUUAACUCUUUCUAAUCAUCUUGUUCUGCCAUGACUAGUUAACCAUGAGAGUUAACUCAACUGUGGUGCAUUAUUAGGCUUUUGCUAGGGUAUCAGCGGCAUAAGGAAUGGGCAAUUACCACUGAGCUACUAAUGUUAGUAAAGAUUUCAUGAAAGCCAUUUUCAACCAGUGGUAUGCAUUAGUGGGGUAUUGUAGCCCAGUAACUGCCCCUUAUUUUAUUGAUUACUGGAAUACUAACAUAUAUUUAUUUUUGUAUGUUUUUUUAUGUGAAAUAUUUUUACAAUGUUUUAGCUUCCGCUGCAUAUUUCUGACUUGUUACAUACUUAUGUACAGCAUCUCUAACAACCCUAACAUCCAAAAUGACGAGAAUUCAUUCUACCCUACGUUACACCAAGUGUCUCAGUACAAUUCUGGCCUUUUCUGUAAUGUUAUUCAAUAACAUAUUGAUAAAGAAUAGGUAAAUAGUAAAUGUAUUUUAGUACAUUGCCUUAAUAGUAAAGAUUAUUCAGCAAUUUACCUCUCUAUGAGAAAUGAGAAAAACCCUAUGAGCUUGCGUCCAAGUGCCCAUUGGCUCAUCAUGAUCAAGACCUUGUUGACCACAGUUCAAGUUGACUAGUGUAGUAAAGCAGCUGACCUACAUUUCCUAUAAUCACCACCCAAUACCCUAUAACACUGCAUGCGUUUUUAAAACUGGACCUUAUGUCCAAUUACUUAAUUGUGUGCUCCCAACAAAACCACCAUCAGAAACUGAUUUAGGACACAGUACAAAUUGUACAUUAUGGAUUCCGCUUGACUUAAUGGACAGUUAUAAGCAUCUUUGCCCCAAGGGAGGCUGGGCAGGGAAAACAAAACUGAUAGGCACGAACUGGGGAAAUGGAAUGGGAAAGUGUAGAAAGGGGUGGAAAAAUGGAAGGAGAGCCACAAAUGGGAUGGAGAUGAGCAAAUAGAGAUGAGCAAAUCUGUCCUAUUUUGCUUUACCAAAUAAUUUGGCAAAAAAACGGCAAAAAUGUACAAAACACAUUAAACUCAAUGGUCAUUUUCCAUGGCAACUUUUAUAUACCACGCAACUUUUUUGUUGUAUCGCUCAUCACUAGUAAGGAGCUCAGAAAUAUAGAAGUUGAGGCAGAAGGCAGAGGAUCAGUGAUUUCUCCACCAGUGUAUUAACACCAGAGAAGGAAAAGUCACAUGUGACAUUAGCUUAAGAUUUAACAGUUAGGGAAAUAGGUGAGAUAAUAGAUGAGGGGCGUAAAUACAUAAAACCAAAAGAAAUAUAAAAUGGUUAAGGAGAUGUAAUAUAAUAGGAGAGAUAAAGAAAUCACAUAAGAAGGAAUAACAUUCAAAAUUGAGAAGGAAAGAAAAUAGCAAAUGAAGAGAGGACAAGCCUAGUUAUUGGAGCCUGUAUUGAAGUUUGUGGUCGGGCCCCUGUUAGUUUGACUCGGCCCAUUAAUAACAAAUUUGGCGUUCUCUUGUGUCUGAUCUGUGUCCCUUUGAGCCAUUUGAAUUAUUCUAGGUUGGCCUUCAAACCAAUUAAAUUGCUUGUAAUAUGGACAGUUCUUCAGAAAAGAUAUCCAUGGAACAGCUUUUCCUUGCAAGAGCGUCACAUCAGUUGGUGCCAAUCCAUUUGAAGAGCCGAAAGGCUUCUGUUUUCUCUGCAAGCUGACACUUCACUUUUAUUUUUUCAUUAAUGAUCUUUUAGACAUGAAUCACCCAGGAUACGACAACACAGCAUCAAUUUGCUCAGUGCAAAGGAAGAGAAGUAUUUGCUCUGAACACAGCAAGCCUUGGAAAUGUGUUAGCUCUGGGACUGGUGAUUUCAUUGACGACCCUUAAAUCCUAUAUAUCUAUCCGGACAAACAACAACAAAAAAAAUCAAAUUGGCUCAGAAAGGUGCUUGUUUUCUUUUCUCUCUUAUAUGAAAAAUCGAUUUUGUGAGAUUAAUUUAACUGACAAGACAUUGGAUAAAAUGAUGCUUCAAUAAAAAUACUUUAUUGUUUUGACCGGUA